AUGGCAGACCUCUCCGAAGCAGAGUCCGACACGUCUAGUGUCAUGGGCGAAACGUCAUCGGGCGAUAAUAUGAUGAAACCGCCCAGUCCGGCAGCCCGCGAGCAACUUGCUAAGCGCAUGGAAUCACUGGUUCAGGAAAAUCGCGUUUUGAAGAUGGAACUGGACACGUACAAGUUGCGCGUCAAGACCCUUCAAGAGGACAACCGUAGUCUUAAACGUGCCAGUGUUUUGAUCCAAGCAAAGGCUGAACAGGAAGAAGAAUACAUCUCGAAUACAUUGCUCAAGAAGAUUCAGGAACUGAAAAAAGAAAAGGAGGCACUGGCGCUUAACUAUGAACAGGAGGAAGAGUGCUUGACAAACGAUUUGUCACGAAAGCUUCAUCAGCUACGUCAAGAAAAGGCGGAAUUGGCGGCUUCGCUGCAACAAGAACAGGAAUCGCUUAUCACCAAGCUGAACCGGAAGAUCAAAAAGUUGGAGGCCGAAACUGCUGGCAAGCAGCAACACUUGGAGCAGCUGCGACGCGAAAAGGUCGAACUGGAAAACACGCUGGAACAGGAACAGGAAGCGCUGGUGAAUCGCCUGUGGAAGCAGCUGGACAAAAUCGAAGCCGAGAAAAGGAGUCUACAAGAGAAACUCGACCAGCCAGUUUCUGCCCCUCCGUCACCAAUGGACAUUACUCAGUCUUCCCAAUCGUCCGCCAGGUCGCUCUCGGCGGACCCGAUCAUCCUGCUGAAGGACAUUCAGCAUUUGCGAAGCGAAGUCAUGCGCCUUAAAGAGCAGCUGUCGAAUGCAGAAUCGGAACGUAAGCACUUUUCGCCUUUUCCUAUAGACACAUUUGCUCAUCAUACUUGCCAACAUGUUCUGACUACGUGGAAUACCCCGUAAUA